AUGCCUGCAUUUGAUCCUGUACGCGAUGCUGUCCUAAAUUCUCCAAUUGACCCUUCAUCUUCAUCCUACUUUAUGCCACCAACUAGGCGGGCAACUCAUUUGUCCGUUCUCCUCAACUCGGAUCAACCCACCGAGAAACACAAAAGGCCGAACUCGAUCGACCAUCUCCUCCUCAACACCGAUAUUCCACUUACUUUUACUGACCCAGAGUCACCUAUCUCUCGUUCAUCUCGUCCAUCAUCAUCAUCCCACUACACUCCCUCAUCCCCUCCCAUGCCCCCACCACCAUCUCCCCCUCCACCUGCUGCAGCUCCUUACAAUCCUGUCCGGAGAACGGCCCCGGGUUCUAUCCUCGUUCCUCUUUCCCGGGCUGAGAUGGAGGACUUUAAACAUUACCGUGGGCAGGGCAGCUCUCGUCUCACAAAGCGGAAACGAGGUGCCAGCAACGAACCGGACACUUUAGAUCAACCUCCGCUGAAGAAGCUGGUAGGCGACGUCGGUGUCGUAGUGCAGCACUACAACUCACGGCCAGACGUUGGUGUAGUACAACGAUUAGAAUCACCUAUCAUUGGUUUGAAGAACUUUAACAACUGGGUAAAGUCCGUGCUCAUCUCGCGCUUCGCACACCCCGUGCUCGCGAAAAGUCCGUCGUCGAAUGGGUAUUCGGGUCCGGGGAGAGGAGGGCGAGGGGGGAGUGGCAAGGUGCUGGAUAUGGGGUGUGGGAAAGGCGGUGAUAUGACAAAGUGGGCAAAGGCGCAUGUGAGGGAGCUGUUUGGAGUUGAUAUUGCGGCGGUGUCGGUGGAUCAAGCGCGUUCACGUUGGGAAUCAAUGCGUGGUCCACGGUUCGAAGCUCAUUUUGCUGCGCUGGACUGUUACACCGAGCCUCUCUCCAAAGCGUUUUCCCCCGCAAAACUCGCGCAACCAUUCGACGUCGUCUCGAUGCAAUUUUGCAUGCACUACGCUUUUGAGACUGUCCAAAAGGCGCGUUGUAUGCUUGAGAACGUCAGCCGGCAUCUAAGGACGGGAGGUGUCUUUAUCGGGACGAUACCCAACGCCGAUAUCUUGCUAGAACAUCUCGAUGAACUCCCUCCCGAUAAGGACGAUCUAUCAUUCGGAAACUCGGUAUACAAAAUUCGAUUUGAAAACCGGGACUCGAAACCCAUGUUCGGCCACAAGUACUGGUUUUUCCUGCAAGACGCGGUCGAGAAUGUACCAGAGUACGUCGUGCGAUGGGAAAAUUUUGUACAAAUGGCCGCAGAUUACAAGCUGUAUCCGGUGUAUAAAGAGGAAUUCCACCAGGUGUUUGAGGAGCAUCAGGAGCACCCCGAGUUUAAGCCUCUCCUGGUCCGCAUGAAGGUAGUAGACACGAAUGGCGAGAGCGCGAUGGACGAGGAUCAAUGGGAGGCAGCUAACAUUUAUAUUGCAUUUGCGUUUGAAAAGCGUUGA